GAGCUAACCAUGCGUCGUCAGGAUAAGGAGUGAUUUCAUCAUACACCAUCUGCAUAACGAGACGCUGGCGUGUGUUUGCUGGUGCUUUGCCAGUGGAAGGAAUGUCAAGCGCUCUGCUUUUGAGUUCUUUAACCCUUGCCUCGCGUUUGGAAUAUAUGUUGGCUGCAUCAUGGGAAGGUACUUUUUUGGAAGGUCUCUUCCUCAACGCUCUUUCAGUGUUGCGAGUGAUAGUAGAAACAGUGCUUGGCUUGAAUCUGACCUCUGAUCUGGAUGUGGGCUUUAAUUGCUGCCUCAAUGUUCGCUUUGGGAGUGGUGGUUCCAAAGGUAGUUCACUUCGACUGUCGACAUCCAUAUCAUCGAAAACGAUGUUGAUUAAAGGUUCCCGAGAAAGAAUCGACGAGGAAGAAUCCUCCAUGGCAUUAACAUCUUCCCGAGCAUUCAAAGAAGACAGGGCGCUGCGUGAAGACAGAGUGGAUGAUAAAGUGGUCGUUGAUCUGGAAUCCACACAGUGGAUGUUCACGAUACUCUUUGGUAUCAAGGAAAUAAAAUGGGUCACCUGAAAUGAUAUGUGAAGCUUAUUGUAUAACAGCCACGGUUACGGUGGCCUAUAGGUCUCAGCUUUUGACGCCUAUUGUUUUGAAUAAGGCCUUGGG